CUCCGAGAGACGAAGCCACGUGACAUUUCAACCCCUAUUUACUCGACGCCCCUCACCAGUCCCUUCCUUCAUAAUAAGACCACCACGCUCCCUCUUCCUGCACCCGCAAACAAACAUGCAGCGCGCGGCGGCGACCACGGACCAGCCACGGCGGAGCUCCGGCCACGCGGCGGCGGAGGCGGAGGAGAAGGUCUUCAGGGGCAGCGAGCAAUUCUCCGACGCCUCAUCGAGUUUUCUGAAGACGGUUUUGGCCCUCGCGCUGUGGCUCGGAGCCAUUCACUUCAACGCAGCGUUGCUGCUCUUCGCGCUUCUCUUCCUCUCUCUCCACCAAGCGCUAUUGCUUUUUGCCCUGCUUUUUGUUUUGAUGGUGAUUCCUGUGAAUGAAAAGAGCAAUUUCGGUCGCAAAUUGUCAAGGUACAUAUGCAAGCACGUUUGUGGUUACUUUCCUGUCACGCUUCAUGUAGAGGAUAUAAAGGCCUUCCAUCCCAAUCGCGCUUAUGUUUUUGGUUAUGAACCACAUUCAGUUUUGCCGAUUGGAGUUGUCGCUUUAGCUGACAACACAGGCUUUAUGCCUCUACCUAAAAUAAAAGUUCUUGCUAGCAGUGCGGUAUUUUACACACCAUUUUUGAGACACAUAUGGACAUGGUUGGGUCUGACACCAGCAUCAAGGAAAAGGUUUACCUCCCUAUUAGACGCUGGCUAUAGUUGUAUCUUAAUACCUGGUGGAGUGCAAGAAACAUUUCUCAUGGAGCAUGGUUCUGAGAUUGCCUUUCUUAAGGCUAGAAGAGGAUUUGUCCGCAUAGCAAUGGAGAAGGGAAAACCCCUGGUUCCAGUUUUCUGCUUUGGGCAGUCAAAUGUUUAUAAGUGGUGGAAACCAGGUGGCAAGUUAAUUCUGAAUUUCGCAAGGGCUAUCAAGUUCACCCCAAUAUAUUUUUGGGGAAUUUUUGGAUCUCCAUUACCAUUUAAACAUCCAAUGCAUGUGGUGGUGGGUAGACCAAUUGAGCUCGAAAAAAACCCAGAGCCAACUCCUGAGGAGGUUGCCAAAAUACAUAGCCAGUUUGUUGAAGCACUUCAAGAUCUAUUUGAACGGCACAAAGCUCGAGCGGGACAUCCAAACCUUGAGUUAAGAAUUGUUUGAUAAGGUCAGAACUUGGACCCGUAUUUUCAUUGGGGGUUAGUUACACUUGUCUCCUCUAGGUUAAGCUAGGCUUUAUUUGGGAGCUUUGAAGAUGGAGUGGAGUGGUUCAUGAUUAAUUUAAUUUGGAAUGGGGGUUAGUUGAAAUAAUACUGUUGGUUGAAUGAGAAGGGAGAUGUCCCUAUUGUUUUAGAAGUCAAAAAGGGUCAUUAAUGGUGUAAAUUAUAAUUUUUUUUUUGUCCAUGGACAUGAUACAUGUAGUAUCUCAAAGUUGACAAUCAAGUGCUAAUUUAUGCUUACAGAAUGUGAUUUCUGCUUGCCAAUGUAAAUUUAAUUGUGUUUGAACAAUUUAUAUCAAAAAUAUUUAUAAUGUAAGAUUAA